UCGCCCCUUUCCUCUCUAUUUCCUUGUGCGUUUUCAUUUUGGGUCUCUUUUGCCUUGAACCCUUUCAUUUCCAACGAAACCUCACCCGUUGAAUUAUUGGGACCAUUGACUGGAUUUUGCUUGGAAUUUCAGCUUGUUUCUUCUCUUUGUGUGGAGGACUGAGGUGGGUGGAAACUUCAUUAUGUUAUAUUUAUAGCUGAGCUGAAUUCCAGGUACUAAGAUCUUACAGCAAAGUCUUCAGCUUUCACAGUUUGAUUCCUAAUUUCCUAGUCUUUGAUCUGAGUUCUAGUUCACCAUUGAAAUUUAGCUUUUGGGUGCUCAGGAUCUGAUCUAAAUUGAAGUUGGUGGAUCAUUUCUAGCUCUUCAUUGUACUGUUGGAGUAGAUUUGAUUCAAAGUUGUAGCUUUUUGAGGAUUUUUGUGCAUUUUGGUAGCUGGGUUUACAAGCUUUUGCUAAAUUUAUGAUCUUUUGAUUGAACUGAAGACUAGAAAGAGGAAAGGAGUUUUCUUUUUUAAUUCACAAAUCAUAGUUUUGAUUUCUGGGAGCUUAUGAUUAUUUGAAAGCUAAUGAUGGGAGCAAACAGCAGUAAAAACAAAGGUGUUGAUGCUCCAGCAUCCCCACCUCCUCCGCUGCCACAACAACCCAUCGAAAACAAUACCAAAUCGGAGUACACAUCCCAUUUGAGCUCUUAUGAGGCAGCAUGUAAGCUCGAUUCGGGUUUACAAUCGUUUGAUGUAUCUGUCCAACAGCGCACUAGCCGAGUGUUCAACUCACUUUCCACUGGAGUUGAAGUGAGGUCCCUAUCAUUGGACUCACUCAAAGAGGUCACUGAUUGUUUGCUUGAGAUGAACCACGAAGUAGUCAAAGUCAUUCUCGAAUGCAAGAAGGAUAUAUGGAACAAUCAAGAGAUGUUCUCUCUAGUGGAGGAGUACUUUGAGAACAGUCUGCAGACAUUGGACUUCUGCACUGCCCUCGAGAGAUGUCUCAAGCGUGCAGUGAACAAUCAGUUGAUAAUUCAGGCUGCGGUGAGGCGGUUUGAGGAAGAAGUAGAAGCUGGUUUCGACGGGAAGGGAUGUGUGAGAACAUUGCAGGAGUUGAGGGCAUUUAAGGCAGCCGGGGACCCUUUCACGGAAGAGUUUUUUGUACUAUUUCAGGCAGUGUAUAACCAACAGGCAUCAAUGCUCCAGAAAUUGCAAGUCCGAAAGAGAAAGCUUGAUAAGAAGUUGAAAUCAGUGAAAGCUUGGCGGAAAGUGUCAAAUGUUAUUUUUGUUGCCACUUUUGUGUCUGUAUUGAUAUUUUCGGUGGUGGCAGCUGCCAUUGCUGCACCGCCACUUGUAACCGCCUUGGCAGGUGCACUGGCUGUUCCGAUAGGUUCUGUCGGGAAGUGGUGUAAUAUGCUUUGGAGCCGCUAUGAGAGGGCUCUGAAAGGACAGAGGGAGAUUAUAAGCUCAAUGCAGGUUGGAAGUAUGAUUACAAUGACGGACUUGAACAACAUCAGGGUGCUUGUUGGGAAAUUGGAAAUCGAGAUUGAGGCACUGCUACAGAAUGCUGACUUUGCUAUUAGAGAAGAAGAUGCUGUGAAGAUAGUGAUGAUUGAGAUCAACAAAAAGCUGGAAACUUUUAUGGAAACCAUCGAAAGUUUAAGCCAAAACGCUGAUAAGUGUGGCCACAAUAUAAGGAAGGCAAGGACAGUGAUUCUGCGGAGAAUAAUUAACAAUUAGGCAUCCCAGCAAAUGAACAGCCAUUUUGGAAAACACGAUAUGCAGAAGAUGUGGGAGUGUUUGGAUCGAGCAUAUAUGAGAUCUUGUUUGGCAAAGCUGUCGGAUCGAGCAUAUAUGAGAUCUCCAUAUCAAGAUAAGAGAAAAGCAUUUGGAUUUCUUCUUUUUUUGGUUAUAGUCAAGUACAAGAACUGAAAAGAGUGACAGUAAGCAUAUUGGUUCUAGCUAGGCUUCUAGCAUGAAGGAAGCUCUUAUUCUUGUGGAUCUAAGUUUAGGGGGUUCCUUCUGUCCUAUGCCUCUAGUUAUUUGGUGGAAUUGUUUAGAAUUGUGUGGAUCAAAUAUAAUUG